GACCAGUGAAGUGUACACAAGGUCUCACAGUGCAGGGAGAAGAUACAGACUCCAUGGUGGCUGAGCCAGGACCCCAGCACUGCUACCCACUGAGCCACCCUGCUGCCCAGAGCCUGGACUGGAGGAGUGAAGGGUUCCUUAGGUACAAGACUCUCCCCGAUAAAUUCUUCUUUGUAAGACAAUGGUCCUUUCCAUCAAUAACCCACCAAGAAUGGAGAAAGACAGAAGCCACAUGGCUGCAGAGAUAUUAGACUUCACCCUAGAGAUCAUCUACUUGAUAACUGGAGAGGAUUACACAGUAGUGAAGAAGUUGUCUGAUGAGUGUGUGACACCUCGUGCUUCAAAAGGACGGAAGAAGACCCAGAGCCCCAUCACGAAGCCUCCACCUCAUUCACUGAUACAUGAGCAGAAGAUCCUAGAACUUACCAACAGGAUCACUGACCUGCUGAGCGGACAGGUUCCUAUAAGGUGUCAGGAUGUCGCUGUCUAUUUCUCCAUGGAGGAGUGGGAGUAUUUAGAAGAACACAAAGAUCUGUACACGGACGUCAUGAUGGAAAAUCGCCAGCCCCUCACAUCACCAGAUAAAUCCAAUCGGAGAGAUCCACCAGAGAGAUGUCCCACUCCUCUGCAUUCCCCGGACUGUCCAGAGGAGAAGCCAAACCUUGCACUGGAUGAUCAUGACCUUAAGGCAGAGAAUCACCAGCCCUUCACAUCACCAGAUGGAUCCAGUCAGAGAAAUCCACCAGAGAGAUGUCCCAGUCCUCUGCAUUCCCCGGACUGUCCAGAAGAAGAGCAGAAUAACUCACUGGAUCAUCAGGACACCACGAUGGAAAAUCAUCAGACCCUCACAUCACCGGAUGAAUCCAGUCAGAGAAAUCCACACGAGAGAUGUCCUAGUCCUCUAUGUCCCCAGGACUGUCCAGAUGAAGAGCAGAAUAACUCGCUGGAUCAUCAGGACAUCACGAUGGAAAAUCAUCAGUCCCUCACAUCACCAGAUCGUUCCAGUCAGAAAAAUCCACCCGAGAGAUGUCCUAGUCCUCUAUGUCCCCAGGACUGUCCAGAGGAAGAGCAGAAUGUCCCACUAGAUCAUCAGGACAUCAUGAUGGAAAAUCACCAGCCCCUCACAUCACCAGAUGGAUCCAGUCAGAGAUAUUCACCAGACAGAUGUCCAGAGGAAGAGCAGGAUAACUCGCUGGAUCAUCAGGACAUCACGAUGGAGAAUCAUCAGUCCCUCACAUCACCGGAUGGAUCCAGUCAGAGAAAUCCACCAGAGAGAUGUCCCAGUCGUCUAUAUUCCCAGGACUGUCCAGGGGAGAAGCAGAAUGUCCCAGCGGGUCAUCCGUUAAAAAUGGUCUCGAAAGGAGACUUCACCCGCCUCGUCUGCAAGUUCUGUCUGAGGCUGCAUGGAAAACUGUCGGGGCACCUGCGCAGGGUUUGCCUAAAAACAGCAAGCGAAGCAGAAAUCAGUCAAUGUGUGACGGAAGCGAAGAAAAACCUCCAUAAAAUAAAGGCUUCUUUCAGCAUUAUUUCAUAUGAAGAGCUGAAUUUUCAGAAAAGCAGCUUUUCGGAUCCGCAGAUGUUCUUUGCAGAUUUCUUGCAGAGACGUGGCUCCUUUAUUGUAGAUAGACCAGCUGACAGGCGAUCUUCUGAUGAAGAGGAUGGAUCAGAAAGUGAAGGCAUCGAAGCCGCUCGGUCCAGCUCUCCUGUAUCGCUGCGGAAGACUCUGGCUGAGGCUGGCAUCUACAGAAAACAUGACCUGGGAUGUCCAUUGCUGGAAAGCUUUAAGCACUACCUGAAGCUUCACUACACCCUGCCGACCAUCAAACAGCUAAUGGAAAACGUGGCCAGAUAUCUCUACUUCGUUAACCCUCAUGAGAUCACUUUAGAAUUUAUUAGCCACCCAGAGAAAACAAAAGCGUUCAUCCAAACCUUCUUUGAUUCGAAAACAUCGGAGCGAACGGUGAAAAAGUAUGUUAAUUGCAUCAGCAUUUUGGUUAAGUUUGUCCUCUCAGAACAAUUCCCCGAUGCCAUAGAGGAGAUGACAAAGCAGGACGCCAAGAUCUUUCUGUAUAGGCUUCGAAAAAUGAUCAGGGAGACUAACCCGAAGAGAAAAAAAAUGCAAAAGCAAAAGCAGGGGGUUUUGCUUUCCCCCAAGGACUGUCGUAAGGUGCUAACAGUGGCAAAACCCCAUGUGCUAAAAAUCUUCAAACGGGCUGAUUCAGGUGUACUACUGGAUCACGGAGAAAAAGUGCUUGCAGGUCUUUACCUUGGGGCCUUGCUCAGCUUAAAGCACCUCUGUAAGCCAUCUGUUCUCCAAAACCUGACGGUAAAAGAAUGGCUUCAGAGAAAGAACUGCAACCAGUUUGAAGACACAACAGUGACAAUUAUAACAAUGCCAAAAACCAUCAUUGUGCUACCACAAGAGGAAGAGCUACUUUUCAGCAUUUACUUCAGAUGCAUCAGGCACACAAUGCUGGAUAAGGCUUUAAAUGAAGUUCUCCAAUUUUUUGUAUCGACCAAAGGAACACCUAUAGCGAAUCCCAGCAAUAACCUUCAGAGGCUCCAAGAAAAGUUUCAGCUGCCUUCAGUCUCAAUGCAACAGGCUGAAGAUGCUACCAAGAGGUGGGCACGUCUGAAUCUCCCCGAGGAACGUAGAGAUGUCCUCAAUUCCUACAUAAACUUUGGAGAACAGAAAGAGGAGGUCAACAAAACCAAGUUAAUCGAGGCCAUGUUCAUUUUACACCGCUUGGAUGAUGACAAUCAAAGCGAGACCUCGAGAAAGAGGAAGAGGACAGAAGAUGAAUCAGAGGAAGGUAGUGAUGCUGAAGAUCUUGUUGCCAUGAAGGAGAAGUGCUUUAAGAGGCUAAUUAAGAGGCACCCCGUUAUACCUCAAAAGCACCUUCCAUCUCUAGACACCUGUAAACAGGUCAGCGAGCGCUAUGCUCAGUACUGCCAAGAUAAAUGGAGGCGCAUGCAGUGCAAGAUUCGUAUACAGGAUGUCAUCAAACACUUCAGGAAGUGUCCAGAUAAGAAACAGGUUUUGGCCUACGUGAAGCAACAGGGUUGGACCUCUAAUAUUCCAAAAACCAGUGAUGUUCUGGAGGCUUGGAGACCCCAAAAAACCAGAAGGAAGGAAGAAAACUUGCAAAACUUUGAAAGCAAGGUGGAGUCUCAAGAAUGGACAGGGCUUGCCAUGGUUGAAGAAGAAACUAAAGGCGGCUAUUCGAUAAAGACAACUCAAGCCUUCAAAAAAGGAGAUGUUGUAUGUGAUUAUCACGGGGUCCUAAUGGACGUACAAAAAACACUAAAGGAUGACGAGGGCUGUCUCUUCUUUAGUGUUAAAGGGAAGAAAAUGUGCCUAAAUGCCACAAAGGCUCCUUGUGGCUGCCACCCACACAUGCCUUCCACGUUUGGAAGACUUGUGAAACAUUCAUGCAAAAACGACAAUUUGAAGGCUGUGCUGAAGUAUGUGCAGGAUGGGAAAGUACCAGUCAUACUUUUCGAGGUUGUGAAAGACCUAACUCCUGGUACAGAACUUUUUUUCAAUUAUAGAAUGUAACUCGUAAGGAGAUGGAGGUGAUCUGGACUGGCCCAACACCUGAGAAGUGCAAUAUCCAUACUAUUUCAUGUAUAUAGUUAUGCUGAUCGGUUAUAUAACCACAUGAUUGUUGCUGCUGUUUUUGGAAAAAGUCGGUUCAUUAUAGCUAGCUUACUGAAUUCCCUGAGGGUUGGCUAGUAAUCACCACCUGAGGUGACCAACUAAUUCUUUGGUGAAUAUCAUCUCUUCCUGAAAUCGAGCAAAAUCAACCAGGGGCUGAAACAAGAGCAUCACCGACCCAGAGUUUUCUGCUAGCACUUUCAAUUCCCAUAUGUAUCCCGAGAGUAGCAAUCGCCACCGUAAGUGACUGACUAGCCACUUCUCGGGUCAACAUCAGAUUAAUUCAGACAGCAGAGAAAAAAUGCUUUUAGCACCAUUUCACGCUCACUAUUGAGAAUAAGCAAUAGUCUAUAAGUUGUCUAGAGCAGAGAACGGCUUGUAGCCAUGUUGACUGUGGUUAUUUUCUGUGGCUAUUAACCCUUAGGAUACCGGAGGUUUUUUCAUUUUUCUUCCCCAUGUUCCUGAAGCCAUAACUUUUAUUUUUUAUUUUUCAGUUCACAUAUCCAUAUAAAGUUAUGUUU